CAGCCCUAACCCUAACCAUGCACCUGCCGCCGCCGCCGCCGCCGUCUCGACAGCCUUUGCUCGAGAUCGACGAAGAUGGCACCCAAGAGGCAUCGCGGCGACGACGACACGAUGGAUGUGGAAUCAUCAGCGGAGUUGGGAUCAUCAGCGGAGUUCUCCAAGCCGGUUUACGUUGUGGCAAGGGGUUUGGCGGCCAACUCCGUUUUCGUGGUCGACGCGGCUGCCGUUGCCGGCGGCAAUCUGAGGGAGCCCGCCCGUCACCUCGGCGAGUUGCCCGCCUCCAUUCGCGGCAUGUCCUUUGUCGCUGCGCAUUCGAAGCACGGCUCCUGGAUCGUAGCGGUCGGUGGGCGAACAGGGCGCACCAUCAUCUACGACCCGAGCACGCUGGAGGGGUUCCGUGGACCGGGGCUUUGCUGCCCAAAGCGCAAGCCCGUCCUCAUCUCGCAUGGAAGCAAGGUAUAUGCCAUCUCUCGGACUCCUAGCGUGCAUCUUCGCCGGACACUCGACUUUGAGCCAUGGUUUGAGUCUCUCAACUUCAACAAGGGCAUCCCCUGCGUAUUGAACGAGGAGUACUCUGAGUGGAAGUCCCUGCCACCACCGCCAUUCUUCCCGUGCUUGCUGGAUCCCCUUGAAUUUCGCAAUCCGCCCAAAAUUUCAAUCUCAUCCUAUGCGGCUGUCGACUCCCACAUCUUGUUUUCCCCGCAACAAGAAGAUGUGGGCACUUACGCUUUUCAUGUGGUGGAGAAAACGUGGGAAAAGGUCUGGGACGAGAAUCUGCCUUUUGUUGGCCAGGCCGUGCACCUUGGUGGCAACCUAUUCGCCGCCGCCUGCAGGGUCAUAUCCAACAACUUCGUUGUCACUGCCUCUGUGUUCCGCAUGUCGAUCAAAGUCUCCAUGUCCCCGGCAGUGUCGCACAAGCUCAGCGUGAUACUAGUCAAACAGUUCCCGGUGGCAUCAGAUGGAAAGAUUCCCCGGCCUCUCUUCUGCCCCCUGGGAAAGGGUGGCUUCUGUGUCAUCAGGAAGGUUUCUUUUCGACCAAACAAGGAAUGUCUGAAGAUGAGCUUGACCUCCUUUCAGAUGGACAACAUUCAGCCUAUGUUGACUGCCUGUCAGACAGAGAGUGCUGAUUCUGGGGAUAUGCUUGUUGAAUUAAAAGUGGAACAAUUCAUGGUGCCAUCCCAAUAUCUCCCUUCACCGUUGACUGUGGUUGCUGCCCUGUCCAUGGACUGCAAGUAUCCUGAGUUGUAUCAAAAGAAAACAACCCAGGCGGUGGCGGGGGGAACUACUGUCAGCGAUAUCUUUGAAGCACCAGUAAUUCGCUUGAGGACAUGAGUAGUGUGGUAUCAAGCCCGGUGUCCCCUUCCAGUGAGGUGAUAUGGAAAGAACCGAUAAGAUAACUUACUUUUGUAAUCCGCUUGUGGAUGUACUCCAGGCAUAUCAGUCCCAGUACUCUAGGCAUAUCAACCCCAGUACCUUUUGUAAUCCAGGCAUAUCAAUCCCAGUACCUUUUGUUAUCUGCUUGAGGACGAAAUCGAGCCAUAUCAAUCUCAGUCCUCUUUCUGUUGUUAGGUGCUAUGGAGAGAACAGACAGCAUUAUUUAUAUUUUAAGCAGAUGUAACUAUGUAUGGUUUACGUGGAUGAUGCCGUCUUUUGUGAAUUGAGUUCUAAUGA